UUAUUUAUUACCAACCUUUAAAAAUAACUCAAAAAAAGCCAUGGAGUAUGAUUGACAGUAAAAAUUUAUUAAACCAUUGUUUUUGUUCAAUCAUUGGGGCGAAUACAACAAUAUUAUGAUGGAUUCGAAAAACGCAAACAGUGACGAUGAAUGUGGGAAUUCAAAAACAUCCAAGCAAAGCAACAUUCUGCCACUGGCUGGAAAUGAGCGUACCAUGAAUUUGAACCCCCUCAUUUUAACGAACAUCCAGAGCUCACACUACUUCAAAGUGAACCUGUACGAACUCAAAACCUACCACGAAGUCGUGGACGAAAUCUACUACAAAGUGGCCCACUUAGAACCAUGGGAGAAAGGCUCCAGAAGAACGUCAGGCCAGACCGGCAUGUGUGGUGGCGUCCGUGGUGUGGGAGCCGGUGGCAUAGUGUCAACGGCUUACUGUCUAUUGUACAAGCUCUUCACCCUGAAACUCACAAGGAAACAGCUGAACGGCCUGAUAACGCAUUGCGACUCGCCGUACAUCAGGGCGCUGGGAUUCAUGUACAUUCGAUAUACCCUGCCUCCGGCACUGCUCCUUGAAUGGUAUGAAUCCUACCUUGAAGAUGAGGAGGAAUUAGAUGUAAAGGCUGGUGGGGGACAAAUAAUGACAAUCGGUGCAAUGUUACGGCAAUGGUUGGUUAAACUAGAAUGGUUUUCCACAUUAUUUCCUAGGAUUCCGGUCAAUAUACAGCAAAAAAUCCAAAAACAUUUAAACACACACUUCCCGCCCACCGCAGUGAUAGUGGCCAAUGAAAGGGCGAGGGAGGAGCGACGAGAUAGGCAACCGGUGCGUGAGGACCUGCGCAGAGACUUUCUGCGCGACGACGAGCGUGACCGCGGCCGUGACAGGCGGGACAGGGACCGGCACAGGGACGACCGGGAAGACAGAGACGCCAGGAGGGAUCGGGACAGGAAGCACAGGGAACGCAGCCCGUACAAGGAACAGAGGACGAGGGACCGAAGCCCGUACAGGGAACGCAGCCCCUACAGGGAACGUAAACGGGACAGGCACGGAAGCAGGGAGCGAGACCAUCGACACAAACGGGACAGAUAUCAUUGACGGGAUGGAAUUUUAAUAAAUUAACUUGUAUAUUUUUUAAUCAGGAAAAGACUAAGAUUUAACCCGUUUGGUUCUAAUUAAUUUGGAGUUUGUGUAGCGUAAUUUUUUGAUUAGUUUUUCAUACUAUUGUUGUUAAGCUUUUAAGAAUUUUUUGUAAGAAUUAUAUUUCUUUAAAUAUACGUACCUCAAUAUGUUGAAUUUGAUGUAUUUAUCUACAUAUUUAUUAGGGAUUUGUUUCCAAUACAUUUUACACAAAU